CUGUGGAUGUGCGGGAGCUUUACUGGGGCAGUCGGUCAGUAAACACGCACCUUUAACGGGAUCUGCUCCACCUUCCACCGUCUGAUCCGCUCCAAACCCACCGGACCGCCAUGGAGCAGGACCGUGAAGACUUCGCCAUGAAAGAAGCCAAGAGACGAGAACGAACUGCAGGUCAAAAGUGUGGCCAUGACAUUGAAGCCCUGGAGCACCCGGACUCGGACAUCGGGCUGUGCGGCUGGAUUUUGGUGCUGUUCUCCAUGCUGCUCACACUGGUCACUCUGCCCAUCUCCAUCUGGAUGUGCAUCAAGAUCGUCAAGGAGUACGAGAGAGCCAUCAUCUUUCGCCUGGGACGCAUCCUGAGGGGCGGAGCCAAAGGACCAGGCUUGUUCUUCAUCCUGCCCUGCACCGACAGCUUCAUCAACGUGGACAUGCGCACCAUCACCUUCGACAUCCCGCCACAAGAGGUCCUGACUAAAGACUCGGUGACAGUGAGCGUGGAUGGAGUGGUGUAUUACCGCGUGCAGAAUGCGACUCUGGCUGUAGCUAACAUCACCAACGCGGACGCCGCCACCCGCCUGCUGGCACAGACCACCCUGAGGAACGUCCUGGGCACCAAGAACCUGUCCGAGAUCCUGUCUGACCGGGAGGAGAUCGCUCACAGCAUGCAGUCCACUCUGGAUGAUGCCACAGAUGACUGGGGCAUAAAGGUGGAGCGGGUGGAGAUCAAGGACGUGAAGCUGCCGCUCCAGCUGCAGAGAGCCAUGGCAGCAGAGGCCGAGGCCAGCAGGGAGGCCCGCGCCAAGGUGAUAGCUGCAGAGGGUGAGAUGAACGCGUCCCGGGCUUUAAAGGAGGCGUCUCUGGUGAUCGCAGAGUCCCCCUCCGCCCUGCAGCUGCGAUACCUCCAGACCCUCAACACCAUCGCAGCCGAGAAGAACUCCACCAUCAUCUUCCCCCUGCCCCUGGAGAUGAUGCAAGCCUUCAUAAAGCCCUGAGCCUCCACCGGACCUCAGGCAACCAGUCCCACCUCCAAACCCACCAACCCCCACUAACACCAAGAAGAACUCCACCAUCCUUUUCCACCUACCCCUGGAGAUGAUAUAACCCUUCAUCAAGCGCUGAGCCUCCACCGGACCCCAGGCAACCAGUCCCAUCUCCAAAACCCACCAGUCCCACCCAAAACCCCACCACCAUCAUCUUUCCCCUGCCCCUCAAGGUGAUGCAAGCCUUCAUCAACCAAUGAGCCACCACCUGACCCAGGGAACCAGUCCCACCCACCAACUCCACCAACUGACCCUAGCCGAGCCAGUCCCAGGCAACCAGUUCCACCACCGGAUGCAGGCAGCCAGUCCCACCUCCAAAGCCACCAACCCCAUCCAAAACCCCAUCACCUUCAGCUUCCUCCUGCCCUUGGAGAUGGUGUAAGCCUUCAUCAAGCAGUGAGUCCACCACCUGACCCAGGCAACCAGUCCCACCCAUUAACCCCACCAAACCAACCCUAACUGAACACCCACUACCACCAUCGCAGGUGAGAAGAACUCCACCAUCGUCUUCCACCUGUCCCUGGAGAUGAGCCUCCACUGGACCCUAGGCAACCAGUCAUAACACAAGAUCCCAGGCAACCAGUUCCACCACCUGACCCAGGGAACCAGUCCCACCCACCAACCCCACCAACCGACCCCACCCGAACCUCUACUACUACCAUCACAGCUGAGAAGAACUCCACCAUCCUCUUCCACCUGCCCCUGGAGAUAAUAUAACCUUUCAACAAGCAGUCAGCUUCCAGUCCCACCUCCAAAACAACCAACCCCAUCUGACUUGUCCGACAGGUUAUACACACAAAAUAUCCGAGUAUUUAGCCAAACAAGUGUGAAGAGAGAUCUCCACUAAAAGAGAAAGUAGAGGAGGGCAGAGAAUCUGAAGGGUCUAAGUGAUAUUUCAGUUACAAAUUUGUUUCUAACCAUAGAUUUCAGAAUGACGAGAAAAGCUCGUUGCUGCCAUAGCGAUUAAAACAUUUUAUACUUUUAAUUUAAAUAAGUUGCCAAGUUUCAGUCAUCAAAAACAUCCAAAUGUCACUUGUGCCCUUUAGAUCGUCAGACCGUGGUUUUGAUCUGUUUACAUAAAUGUGUCAUUAGCGGGUCAGAGCUCACCCUGCCAUCAUGUUUCUCUCUGACAAACGGGUGCUACAGUCACAGAACGGGAGAGAAAUUUGCAUUUAUUAUUGUUCAUAUUUCAUAUUCUCAAACGGGGAAGUGCCUCCAACUAUGUGGCCUUAGACAAGUCAACGUGGACCAUCGUUUGAACAUUAUUAACUGCUCAGAGGAGGGUCAUGCAGUGAUCGUACUUAGGAAAAGUCAUGAUUCUACAAGUGCAUGGCUAGUACAUAUCCCAUAACUAGAAAAUAACCCAAUAACAUAGGACUGGGUGAUAUAUCAAAAACUAGGUCAAUUUACGAUUUGUUUUUCUUUUCAAAAAUGAAAUAGAAAUGGCUUUUGAUUUCCUUAAACUUAAGAACAUACAGAGGACUAAAAGAAAACCCCAACUAUAUUACUGAUGAUUAGACAUGACUGAAUCUGAAUAUUAUUUUUGGCGAGUGUUGACAGCACCGGAGAAAUCUGAUGACCAAAUUUUAAAAUAACUUCUAACAUUUUCUUACUCAAACCAGAGGGAACUGCCAUGGCAUUUCAACAAUCUGACAAUGCCAGAAAUCAGAUAAUGAUCAGAUUUUGGUCCAUAUAUGAACAUAAAUUGCGUUGCACACUUUAGAACUACUGGACUAAAUACAGAUGCACUUGCUAGUAGAGUUAGAAUAGUAUAGAAUAUCAGAUACUAACCAGUUGGAAAACUAAUACUGAAACUAGAUAUUCAUUUGAGCAGGUAUGAAUACUGAACAAAAUCACACCAACGGGACAAAAUUGGAUGUUUUCUGAACAGUUUUAGAAAGAUUAUUAGAGGUAUCAGAUAUAUAAGACCACGUGGCAACAUAAAGAAAGUACUACUAUUUUGUGUUGAAAAUAAGAGCAUUUUCCAGUUUCCAAAAUCCAGUUUAAAAUGUUAAAAUAUGUUUGUUUGUUUGUUGUUUUUUAAUCAGUUCAUAUACUAACUAAAUAAUUGGUGUAAAAUAAACAGAGCUUUUAGAGCGACUUUGUAAUUCUCUGUGUAGCUGAAGAGAGUCUCAGUUUGACUCUACUGAGGUGAAGCUGAGCCCGAGGUGUAUUUUAUUUAUUCAUUUUUAUGUGGGAUUACAUCAUCAGAUUUUAAGUAUCGCUAGCCAUAUUUCUCAAAAGAAAAGGAUUUUUAAAUGUAUUAAAACUGACAAAAAUGUGUAACUUAUAAACUAAAAAGUCAAGUCAAACCUAUAAUUUUUCUGGUGUAAUGUUGUGAUGACAUAAUUGGUUUGUCAUGUUAGUAAUAGAAACCUUUCUUGCCCCACAAAUGUCCCACUUUAAAUUUUGAUUUUAAAUAUAAAUAUUUACAUUACCAAAAAAAAAAGUAAUCUAGUGCACUACAUUAUAUGGCCAGUCUGAGUUGGAGGCGCUACUGGCUGUGGAAGCAAGUUCAAAAGGGACAUGAAAAUGUUUUAUUUAAUUACAGCUUUAUCGUUUUUUUUUUAAACUCACUGAUUUAGAAUUUCAAAAAAUAUUUUAAAACUUGAAAAAAAAAUCUACAUUUAUUUCUAAAAAGGAGUUCUAUUUAUUUCCAGCCUGAAGCCUUAAUGUACUAACACCACGUUACACCUCUGACCUCUAUGCAGUCACUUUUGAGUAUCUCUACUAACACAAACCAAAUAUCUGUGUCUGUUGUAUAUAUGCAAGUACUCGCCAUUUCAACCUCUUCACCUUGGGAAUUUGCGAGAAAAAAUAUGAAAUGUUCUUAUUUCUGUGAUUACAAAUAUGAGAAAUAAUUGUUCUCAAAACUCAACAAUUGCUUAGAAUCCAGAGCGACUGAUAAAUACCGAUAUUUUUAGGAUGAUUAUAUAGAUUAUUUUCUCAAAUUCUGUUACUAAAAUUCACUACAAAGUCACACAGAGCCCUUUUUGGGGGUUUUUUGCAUUGAAGUAAUAAAAUAAAGCUGUGUGUAGUUUUUAAAGAGCAGAUUGACCAAAACGAAAUAUCGGGCUGUUCUGGAGAUUUAUUCCGAUAUCUGAUACACUCAAAACUGCAAAUAUCGGCCCCAAUCUAUGUGUCUUAUCUGUAGUCCAAACCCAGAGUGAGUCGGUGAUGCAUGGCCACUGAAUGCUGUAUUUCGAGUGUGUACUGUUACUGCUUACUGCAUUGUAUAUCAGAACUAUAAGUAUUACUACAAAAUAUAUAUCAACAUAUUAUAACGCAGUAUGAGCAAAGCAAAGAGUUGUGUUUUAUUUCUCACUAUUUCACUUUUUACUGUUAUUGUGUUUAUUAAUAUGUCUUUAUAACAUUUUAUUACAACUUUGUGUUUGUCCAAAAGUAUAGUUCAAUUCAAGUUUUAGGUUAGAAUCACAUUUGUGUCGUUCUUAAUGAAAUGUUACAAAUUGUUGAUGAAACAAUAUGAAAUCUUUACAGUUUGAAAUGGCUAUUCUUUGGUUGCGUUAUCUUUGUAACUGUGAUAUUUUAGCAGCUUUUCAUUAAUAAAUUUGUU